AUGUACUGCCCUACUUUAGAAAAAGCCGAAAGUGUUGCAAUUCCUAAAAUACUGGCUUCGGACAUUGACAAAGAUUUAUAUGGAACAGAAGGAUACUUCAAAGUCAGUGUAGAAAAAUACGACGAUGAUGAAAAAUAUUUUCAGACAUGCAAUGACAUGGGAUAUCAGGAAGUGCCAGAUCUGAACGAGAACCAUCCUUUAGGUUGCUCUCGAAUGAAAAUUGCAAUCGGCGACGGCGCAAGGCAAAGUACUGCACGCGCAUACUUAACGCCUAUUAAAGAUAGACCAAAUUUAUAUGUCACUAAACACACUCAAGUGACCAAAAUACUUUUUGAUGGCAACAAAAAUGCUAUAGGCGUAGAAGCACUCACCAAUGAUGGUAAAACUAUGGUGUACAAAUCCACAAAAAAGGUCAUUGUAUCUGCCGGCGCGAUUAACUCUGCAAAACUCCUCAUGCUGUCCGGUGUCGGUCCAAAAGAUCAACUGCAGAAACAUAACAUCGAAGUCAUAUCUGAGCUGCCCGUCGGAGAAAACUUGCAAGACCACGUUUCCACUAUUUUAAUCCAUAAAACAGAGAAGGCAAGCGGACCGCCGCCGCCUAUGAACCCCUAUGAGUACCCAGCUCCCACCAUAUUAAGUCACCUAACUCUUGACAAGUCACAAGGGCAAGCAGAUUAACAAGUCGGUAGCUUUAUCGUCCCAGAAAGCAUUGUUUUGUAUUAUUGUACGUAUAAUUUCCGCUUUAAACAUCAGAUUUGCGAUGAUCUUUACACUUUGAUUAAAGGAAGGAAAGCGAUCUUCCAUAUGUUAAGCAUUCUAAAUACUAAAACGAGGGGCAAAGUAGCCCUGAAAAGUUCUAAUGCCCUCGAUCAUCCCGUUAUCGACU